AUAGGUAAGAGUAGAAUCCACAUGAUGACGACAUCAAUAUUGACAUCUAGGAACACAAACAUGUACCCAUUAAACUGCAACACCACAGAAACAUGUCCUGUAAACUACCCAAGGAGAUUCGAACCAGCAACUAUAUCUUCCUCGGAAACUUGUCCUGACUACUUCAGAUGGAUCCAGCAAGACCUAAAAGUAUGGGAAGAGACAGGGAUCACAAGGGAAACACUCGAGAGAGCGAAACCAAACGCUCACUUCAGGCUAGUGAUAAAGUCAGGGAGAUUGUAUGUUGACCAGUACGAGAAGGCUUAUGAGUCAAGAGAUGUGCUCACAAUCUGGGGGAUACUUCAGCUUCUCAGAAUGUAUCCUGGCCAAGUCCCUGAUCUUGAGCUUCUCUUCUUUUGUCAUGAUAAACCCGUCAUUUGGAGACGAGACUUUGGGCAAGCAGCAGAACCAAAUGCCACGUGGCCUCCACCGCCGUUGUUUCAAUACUGUGGCCACCGCGAAGCAUACGGCAUCGUAUUCCCUGAUUGGAGCUUCUGGGGCUGGCCGGAGGUGAAUAUAAAGGAGUGGACCAAAUUAUCUGUGGCAAUAAGAGAAGCCAACAAGAGGGUGAAAUGGAAGGAUAGAGUUCCAUAUGCGUACUGGAAAGGGAACUCUAAGGUUUGUCGGAAAAGAGGAAACUUUAUGAAAUGUAAUAUUUCCGAUAAGUAUGAUCCCAUGGUUCGUCUCUAUGAGCAGGAUUGGGAGAAGGAAAGACAUAUAGGGUUCAAAAGUUCCAGCUUAGAAGACCAAUGCACCCAUAGGUACAAGAUAUACAUAGAAGGUCGAGCAUGGUCGGUGAGCAAAAAAUAUAUAUUAGCAUGUGACAGUAUGACUCUACUGAUUAAAGCACAGUACUACGAUUUCUUCGCAAGAAGUAUGGUUCCAUUAGAACAUUACUGGCCCAUUAAAUCUCACGACAACUGUGGUGAUCUCAAGUUCGCCGUGGAAUGGGGUAACAACAACACUGAUAAGGCGCAAACUAUUGGGAGGCAAGGAAGUGAAUACAUGAUGAAAAGCCUAGAGAUGAAGUAUGUCUAUGAUUACAUGUUGUAUGUGUUGCAAGGCUACGGGAAACUAAUGAAGCUGGAUGUGACUGUGCCUCAAAACGCGUCCGAAGUGUGUUCAGAGACGAUGGCUUGUCCGAUCACUGACGGUGGUCUGAUCAGGCAGUGCAUGGACGACUCGUUGGUCAUGUCUCCGAGGGUCAAGGUGGCUUGUGAUUUGCCGCCGCCUUAUGGAAAUGAUGAGCUCAAUAAUUUUUAUGAGAAACAAGAUAGUGCGGAGAGAACGGUUGAGAAGUGGAGCAAUGAGUAUUGGGAGAUCCAAAACAAGACACUUGGACAAAGAAAGUAUGUAUAA